AGGAGGUGUGGUCAUUGAGUCUGGUUAGUGCCUCAGUGGGGAGAAACAUUUCAGUUCAUCGUCGUCGGUAAGAACCUCAGUUAACAAGCAAAAUGAACGGUCUGGACGAAGAACAAAUGGGGCCACAAACCUUCCUAUAUGGCUGUGAGCUAAAGUCUGGGAAGGAGGUUGUCUUCAACCCAGAAGAGGAUGACUUUGAACACCAACUGGACCUGAGGAUGGUGUGUGUGGAUCAAAGCACCAAGGAUGAACUGCACAUUGUGGAGGUGGAGGGACAGGACACAGAAGGCCAGAAGGUUAAGGCUGUGCUGGCUUCACUUAAACCCUCCACCCUGCCUAGUGUGUGUCUUGGUGGGUUUGCAAUCACACCCCCAGCGGUGUUCCGUCUCAAGGCAGGUUCCGGCCCAAUCCACAUCAGCGGCCAGCACCUUGUCAUGAUGGGUGGGGACCAAUCUUUUGAUGAAAAUGACGAUGAGGAGGAAGAGGAAGAAGAGGUACAAACCUCCAAGAAAAGGCCUGCAUCUGCACCUGCCCUUAAAUCUCAGAAAAAGAUUAAGAUGGAUGAGGAGGAGGACGAGGAUGAGGAUGAUGACGAUGAUGAAGAUGAUGAAGAGGAAGAUGAGAGUGAGGUUGAAGAGUCUCCUGUUAAGGCUAAGAAGACUCCGUCCAAAGCCCAACCUGCUACUCCAAAUGGAAAGGGCGCUAAAGCUGCAACACCAUCUAGCAAACAGGCAAAGACUCCUAACAAGGGUGACAAAAAUGGACAGACCCCCAAAACCCCCCAGACUCCCAAACCGGUCCCAACCGUCCCUGAGAUGAAGGCCAAGUUGCUGGCGACACUGGCAAAGGGGGUAAACCUACCAAAACUGCAGCCCAAGUUUGAGAGCUUUGUGAAGAACAGCUACAGGGUCACAGAUGCUAAGGCUAUCGCAGAACUGUGGAAGUGGAGACAAACCGUGGAAGAGAGCAAAUAACUUCUUGAGGAAACCUUUUAUUUUUUUGCUACACCACCACACCAUUUACCUACUCUGCCACAUGUUUGAUUGGAUGCCUUGUGCUGUUUCUCUAAAUUGUGGAUGUUUAGCCUGUUCUGUACCCUGCUUUGGGACAGACUACUGGAAUUGAUUGGACUGAAACCCACCCCCCUGAACCUACACCUUCACCCCCUCAACACUGGAGGGCUGGUAUUAUUCCAGCUUACAUGUGGAUGGACCUUAAAAGCCACUUGAAACUUUGCAUUUUGUAAAUGUGUAAAUGAAAUCCUUGCUACUGUGUUGUACAUAGCCUUUUGAAGUCCAGUCAUUUGGUGUUCAAAAUCCCUCUUGUAGUUUGGAUUGUUUUCAGGAGGGUAGUUGUGAUUUAUCUUUGUAAGUGGUGGGUGUAGUAAGUUGAUGACCAUUCCAAGUCAUCCAUAAGCAGUUGUUUGUUGGGUGUGUGGAAGCUCCUGUCCGUCCUUCCCCUUCUAGAAGAUCUGAUGCAUUAGGCAAAUCAUUGCAGAUCUUCAAUUGAAGUUGGUCAUACUCAUGGUUUUAUAUUUUGCUAUACAGAGAGCAGCUAAUGUGACCUGGUCCUGCGUAAAUUAAGUAAUCCUGUUGUGCCUAGGUCUGCUUUGUGACCUUGUAAUUUUUGUUUUAUGUAACAGUUGCUGUAUGGGCAGCUCUCCUUUUGCAGGAAUGUUGUGAUCCACAAUAAAUGUUCUGGGGAAGAAUUAA